AUAUAGAAAGAAGCGGCGAGCCGCCUAGGGCAAAGAACGUCCUUGAACCAAGUCCUUUUCUUCCCUGGCCAGCCAUGUCUCUGGUGCGUUUCAGAAGCGCUAGGCAAUGUGUGCGCUAUUGCCACUCCCUAACACGCUGCCACACCUUUUCCCGUCGUCACCUAAGCACAUCCGCCGCCGAGCCCCACCUCCUCGUCCCCGCCUACAAAAUAGACUCUGGCGAGCAACACUUCUUCUCCGUCCCAGUCCUCCCAGACUUGUGUUUGGGACCCGCCACUUCAGUCUUAACGCUCAAGACUGAACCCAUGGGUCUCGCCUCUUCGCAAUAUCUCAAUGGCUUGUUCUGCUUUCACCAUGCUGAAUAUCCCUAUUACUUUGGGGGCCCAAUACUCGCAUACAAUCCCACUACCCAAGAAACCAUUAAUAUUCCUCUUGAUCGUCCGGGAAAUGACGCUGCAGAAACAACUUGGAACAUCACGACGCACUUUGGGUUCGACCCUUCAACCAACUCGCACAAAGUGCUCCGUAUUCGGUGGACCGAAGCGCUUCCGGAGUCGACUCCGAGGGCGUUUAAGAUGAAAUUUAAUGUUUUGACGCUAGGCAAGGAGACUAUGUCGUGGAGAGAGAUAGAUCCUGUGUUGCCUUUUGACUGUGUCAAGUAUGCCAGUGGCGGGAGAAGUGUUUGUCUUAAUGGCGCAAUGCAUUGGAUUCACCGGUACGGGGAUUCUAUCGUUGCGUUCGAUGUCAGAGAUGAGAAGUUAAGAUUAAUCCCUUAUCCUGAUGGGUACACAGAGGGUGUAAACCCGUCGGAACUUGUACGACCGGAACGGCUAGUCGAAAUUGGUGGGUGUUUGGCUCUGAUAACUUCAGAGGGCAGAAACGCUUUAGAGAGCCCAUGUUUUGUUGAGGAACAGAUGCUGGAAUUGUGGGUACUAAAGGAUUACCACAAUCAUGUGUGGGUUCAGGAGUCUAUUCGGUUACCGUUCCGAUGGGAUGAUUCAGGUCGGCCUUGUCCUAUUGGGACUUUGCCAACGGGCGAGGUCUUGAUGAAGCCGUUUUCUUUGUACAAGAGCCCUGCCUGGGUGCUUUUCUACCAUAGAGAGGAAAAAUAUUUCAAGAAGGUUGACAUCCCGGGCUUGCCUGAAUGGGUGACUUCGGGCCUGCGCACUCUCAAGUUCGUUCAUUGUUAUGUGGGAAGUGCAGGUCUUACAAACGGAGUAAGUAAUGAACCACCACAUGGAGAUUCGAAUAAAGACAGCAAAGAGAAUGGUUCUUCUUAAGAGGGCCUUUGGAUGCUUGAUGUAGUGUAGGCGUCUCUCUUUUCUUUUGCAUUGCUUAGCUUUGGAGAUGGCUUCUUGUUGGUUUUGUACCUAAACAGGUUUAGUUAUGUCUUAUUAUCUAGCCCAAAAAAAUGCCAAUUUAGAGUAUUAUGAAUUAAUUUAUUUCUAAUUACGAGCAAUAGCUUCUUGUUUUCA